GGCCAUAUAUAUCUUCCCGGCCCACAAACACAUAUAUUCAUUUCUUCUUUGAUUUCCAUAAUACACAUACGGAGUAGAAACCUACAACACACGGCGGUACGGUGGAGGGUGACGGCGGCGGCGGUGGGGAGGAGGGAAAUAUAACAAAACAAUGGAGGCGGCCGAUUUGGGUGUCACGGCGAGAGGAGGGAGUGUGAGGGGCAGCCUGAGGGCAGCUAGCAGCUCCAUAUGGAGGAGCACCGGGGCGGAGGCGUUCUCCCGGUCGACGAGGGACGAGGACGACGAGGAGGCUCUGAGGUGGGCGGCGUUGGAGAAGCUGCCCACGUUCGACCGCCUCAGGAAAGGGCUCAUUUUCGGCUCGCAAGGGCCCGCUGCGGAGGUGGACAUCGACGGCCUCGGGUUCCAACAGAGGAAGGCUCUGCUCGAGAGGCUCGUGAAUGUCGCUGAUGAGGACAACGAGAAGUUCUUGAUGAAGCUCAGGAACAGAAUAGACAGAGUUGGGAUUGAUUUGCCGAGCAUUGAAGUGAGAUACGAGAAUGUGAAUGUGGAGGCAUUGGCUUACGAAGGCAGCAGAGCGCUGCCUUCGUUCGUCAAUUUCUUCACCAAUUUCGUAGAAGACCUAUUAAACGCGCUUCACGUGACCAAGAGCAAAAAGAAGAACAUCACAAUCCUGAAUAACGUGAGCGGGAUCGUCAAGCCGAGCAGGAUGACACUUCUGUUGGGGCCUCCCGGGUCCGGGAAGACGACGCUUCUCCUUGCGUUGGCCGGGAAGCUGGACAAGGAUCUGAAGGUGGGGGGAAGGGUGACCUACAACGGGCACGAACUACACGAGUUCGUGCCCCAGCGAACCGCGGCUUACAUCGGGCAGCACGACCUGCACAUCGGAGAGAUGACCGUCCGAGAGACGCUGGAAUUCUCCGCUGCUUGUCAGGGCAUCGGAUCUCGUUAUGAAAUGUUGGUAGAGCUCUCGAGGAGAGAGAAAGCAGCGAAUAUCAAACCGGAUCCGGACAUUGAUGUCUACAUGAAGGCAGCAGCAACAGAAGGACAAGAAGCAAAAGUGCUAACUGAUUAUGUUCUUAAGAUUCUGGGAUUGGAAGUAUGUGCGGACACGCUGGUCGGCGACCAAAUGAUACGGGGUAUCUCCGGCGGGCAGAAAAAGCGGGUCACCACCGGCGAAAUGAUUGUCGGGCCGGCGAAAGCCCUAUUCAUGGACGAAAUCUCGACGGGUCUCGACAGUUCCACCACCUAUUCCAUCGUCAACUCGCUCAGGCAAUUCGUCCACAUCCUCAAGGGCACGGCCUUCAUUUCUCUGCUCCAACCGGCGCCGGAGACCUACAACCUCUUCGACGACAUCGUUCUGUUGUCGGACGGGUAUGUCGUCUACAAUGGGCCUCGUGAAGACAUCCUGGAUUUCUUCGAAUCCAUGGGCUUCAGAUGCCCCGAGAGAAAAGGGGUCGCCGAUUUCUUGCAAGAAGUGACUUCAAAGAAAGAUCAACAGCAGUAUUGGAUCCGCAGGGGUGAGACUUAUAGGUUCGUGAAGGCCAAGGAAUUUGCAGAGGCAUACCAAUCCUUCCACGUUGGGAAGACGAUGGCGGAUGAGCUUUCGGUCCCCUUUGAUAAAACCAAAAGCCACCCGGCCGCGUUAACAAAUGAGAAUUAUGGUAUAGGAAAGAGGCAACUCUUGAAGGUUUGCACUGAUAGAGAAUAUUUGCUAAUGCAAAGAAACUCAUUUGCUUACAUCUUCAAAAUAUUUCAGCUUUCGGUGAUGGUUUUCAUUGCCAUGACACUAUUUUUCCGAACCGAAAUGAAGAAAAAUAAUGAGACCGAUGGUGGGAUUUUUGUGGGUGCCUUAUUUUUGGGUGUGUUUAUGGCUAUGUUCAAUGGUUUUGCUGAGCUUCCAAUGACCAUUUACAAGUUGCCGGUGUUCUACAAGCAAAGGGACCUGCGGUUCUUCCCUCCUUGGGCUUAUGCUCUUCCUUCGUGGAUCCUCAAAGUGCCUAUCACACUUGUGGAAGCCAGUCUUUGGGUGUUUGUUACUUACUAUGUCAUUGGGUUUGAUCCAAAUGUUGGCAGGUUGUUCAAACAGUUACUAGUAAUGAUAUUGGUGAACCAGAUGGCUUCUGCAUUGUUCCGAUUCAUUGCAGCUAUGGGUAGGACUAUGGUAGUCGCAAACACAUUUGGAUCCUUUGCAUUGCUUUUGUUGUUUGCUUUGGGUGGAUUUGUGCUCUCUCGAGAUGAUGUGAAGGAUUGGUGGAUUUGGGGGUACUGGUGUUCAGCCAUGAUGUAUGGCAUGAAUGCAAUUCUUGUUAAUGAGUUUAAAGGGAAGAGCUGGAGACAUAUUGCUCCAAAUGGUACCGAACCACUUGGAGAUGCAGUUGUGAGAUCAAGAGGGUUCUUCCCGGAAGCUAAAUGGUAUUGGAUAGGUAUCGGGGCCCUUUUCGGGUUCGUAAUUCUAUUCAAUGCCUGCUAUGCUAUAGCUCUCCGAUUUCUUAACCCAUUUGGAAAGUCCCAAGCUCUCAUAGCUGAUGAUGAUGACAACGAAACUUCUUCUAUCCGAAACACCUCUCAAGAACAGUCCAAUGUUGCCACCUUAACUGAGACACAUAAGCGAGGAAUGGUUCUUCCAUUUGAACCACAUUCCCUGACAUUUGACAAUGUUACAUACUCUGUCGACAUGCCACAGGAAAUGAAAGAGCAGGGUGCCACUGAGGAUAGAUUGGUCCUUUUAAAGGGCGUGAGCGGAGCCUUCAGGCCGGGUGUUCUCACUGCAUUGAUGGGUGUGAGUGGGGCCGGGAAAACAACCCUUAUGGAUGUCUUGGCAGGAAGAAAAACAGGUGGAUACAUUGAUGGAGACAUCAAAAUUUCAGGAUAUCCAAAGAAACAAGAAACCUUUACCCGCAUCUCAGGUUACUGUGAACAGAAUGACAUCCAUUCUCCAUUUGUCACUGUUCACGAGUCCUUGGUUUACUCAGCAUGGCUGCGUUUGCCAGAGGAUGUUGAUGCUAAUGCUAGAAAGAUGUUCGUUGACGAAGUGAUGGAACUAGUUGAGCUGAACCCAUUGAGAUCCGCGCUUGUUGGGUUGCCCGGAGUCAACGGUCUCUCAACCGAGCAACGCAAAAGGCUAACAAUCGCAGUUGAGUUGGUGGCCAACCCAUCAAUCAUAUUCAUGGAUGAGCCAACUUCAGGACUGGACGCCAGAGCUGCUGCGAUUGUGAUGAGAACUGUGAGGAACACUGUUGACACUGGGAGGACUGUCGUCUGCACCAUUCAUCAACCCAGCAUUGACAUUUUUGAAGCCUUUGACGAGCUCUUUCUAAUGAAGAGAGGAGGACAAGAGAUUUAUGUCGGGCCAUUGGGGCGUAAUUCAACCCAUUUGAUACACUACUUCGAGUCGAUUCAAGGAGUGCCGAAAAUCAAGGAUGGAUAUAAUCCAGCAACAUGGAUGUUGGAAGUGACAGCUUCUUCUCAAGAAAUGUUACUAGGAGUUGAUUUCACAGAUGUGUACAAGAACUCAGAUCUCUACAGAAGGAACAAAGCUUUGAUCAGUGAAUUAAGCACGCCUCGCCCCGGUUCCAAGGACUUGUUCUUCCCAACUCAAUACUCACAGAGUUUCUGGAGCCAGUGCAUGGCCUGCCUCUGGAAACAACACUGGUCUUAUUGGCGUAACACAUCUUACACCGCGGUUAGGUUCAUCUUCACACUUGCCAUAGGACUGGCUUUUGGGACAAUGUUUUGGGACCUCGGUACCAAAACUGAAAAAAGACAAGACCUGUUUAAUGCUAUGGGGUCCAUGUACACCGCGGUUCUCUUCUUAGGUGUGCAAAACUCCUCUGCUGUACAGCCAGUGGUCGCGGUUGAACGCACCGUGUUCUACAGGGAGAAGGCAGCCGGAAUGUAUUCUUCCUUACCAUACGCCUUCGGACAAAUUGUCAUUGAGAUCCCUUACGUAUUUGUUCAAGCAUCCGUGUAUGGUGUGCUUGUGUAUGCAAUGAUUGGAUUCGAAUGGACGGUGGCCAAAUUUUUGUGGUACAUUUUCAUAAUGGCGUUCUGCUUGUUAUACUUUACGCUCUACGGCAUGACGACUGUGGCAGUUACUCCCAACGAAGGCAUUGCAGCCGUGGUCGCUUCCUUCUUCUAUGGUUUGUGGAAUGUGUUUUCCGGUUUCAUCAUUCCGCGCCCUCGCAUGCCUGUGUGGUGGAGGUGGUACUACUGGGCGUGCCCGGUGGCGUGGACAUUGUACGGGUUGGUGGCAUCGCAGUUCGGAGAUAUUGAGGAUAAAAUGGGCGAUUCUGAUCAGACCGUGAAGCAGUUCCUGGAAGAUUACUUUGGGUUCAAACAUGAUUUCCUUGGAGCGGUUGCGGCUAUGACCGUUGUUUUCCCGGUUAUUUUCAGCUUCGUUUUCGCCUUCGCCAUUAGGUCUUUCAACUUCCAGAGAAGAUAGGCAUGGGUAUGUAUGUACACACUUUAGUUGCAUGUUGUACCAAAAUAACAACAAAGAAAAAGAAUAGUUGUGAUUAGUAUGUGUAUUAUUGGAUUAGGCCUCUAUUUAUAGUGGAGAGCCUUGGUAUGGAUACAAAUACAAAUGGGAAGUACUGUACAUAAUUGAUACUCAUCAAUGGUUGUCUUAAUCUACUAUUCUAGAAAAUAGGCCUGAUUAAUUGAAUAAAUGAACAAUCAUUAAUUUCAUAACACUCCCCCUUGAAUGUUCAUUUUCAAUUAAUGAUGGGUACUUCGUGAAAUGGGUAUAGUUUAGGAACCCAU